AAAAGGAGAGAAAAAAACAGAGCCAACACUGAAGAACCGAGGUCGGUCUCUCUCUCUCCCUCUCAGGUUGCUUUCACGAACAGAGAACAUUAUUGGUAAGAAAGAGGAAGGUAUUCAAAAGAAGCAGUAGCUAUUUCGUAUUUGUUCAAAGUUCACAGUUUGAUACUUAUGGAGGACAAGUCAGACUCAGUUGUGCUUUUGCAUGGGAAGGAUGAAAACAUGAUAGGAAACAAAGAAGAGACUGGAUCUAGCAAUAUAGAAAUCGCUACAAAUGAUGUUUCAAACCAAAGCACACAAGUCAAUGCGGUUGAUAGGGAAGAUGAGGGAGUUAUUUUGCAAGGUCCGCCUAUCAGAAAUGUGCCGACAUCUGGAGAAGUAAAUAUGGAGGCUCACAUAAUAGCUGAUGACAUCAUACAGGCUGGUGGGCUGGGAGCCAGAGAUGAUAUAGGCAGCUUUCUCCCUGUUGCAAGUGAUUCAACUGACUUUGAAGCUACAAUCCGUGAUGCUAGAGAGUAUGAAGAACUGCAGGAGGAGAUAUCAAGGCCAGGUCUAGGCUGGAGAGAAGCAACGAGGACAACGUAGUUCAUUUGUGGCUACAGCAUAUGUGCAUCAUUGCGGUCUACUUUCUGGUAUUUCCUGCUUACGAGACUAUGUAGCGUGCUCUAUGUGCUACAUUAUAUGUUCUGUAUUACUUGACCGUGAUUUUGUGUGCUCUUUUUUUGUAUAGUCUGAUAUAUUCCUCGAGAUGUACCCAAUAUGCUAGAUUUCAUGUGAUAAAUUAGGUACCUUUUUGUAUGAUGUGCUUGGGCGCUCCAGGCUACCA